AUGUUUAGGACCCACUUCACUCUGGAGAAAGCUCAAACAGACCUAGGCUAUGCUUCCAAAUAUAGACCGUUUAGCAAAAAAGAAGAACUGCAGAACAAGAAGGAUACAGCUGAACAGGAAGUGGAGAACCUUCAGAAGAAGCUGGAGGCCCAACAGGAGAAAACAGACACCAAAACCAAAGAGGUUGAAGUGAAGGAAGCUGAAGUCCAGCAGCUCCAGGAGGAAGGUCAGAGGAUGGAGACCAGCCUGCAGACCCUGAUGGGAGAAGUGGAGUUAAAAUGGCCGCUGGUGUCCAGACAGAAGUUUGAGGAGGAGCAGCAGAGGGAGGAAGCUGAGAAGAAAGUUCACAUCCUGGAGGAGACGCUGCAGAAGAAGCUGCAGGAAAGAGAUCAAACUGAGCUGAAUUGGACUAUCAUUGAUGAAGAGCUGAAGAAGGCAAAGAGUCACCUGGACAGCAAGGACACAAAAAUCAGCCAGCUUCAGAGACAUGUGGAUGAACUUUUAGCUGAUAACCAGAGUCUGAGAGAUGUAAAGCAGAUUAGUGAAGACGUGCAAAAGGAGCUGGCGGCAAUCAGAAAAGAGCUGCAGGAAAGAGAUCAAACUGAGCUGAAUUGGACUAUCGCUGAUGAAGACCUGAAGAAGGCAAAGAGUGACCUCGACAGCAAGGACAGAGAACUCAGCCAGCUUCAGAGACAUUCACAGGCAGGACAUUUUGAAGGGUCUGAUCAUUCUCGAUCAGUGGAACCACCCUGCCCCCCCCCGAACACUCAGACCUCAGACUCAGGAUUUAAUAUUGAGGUCAACCAACAUGGCAAAUACAUCCGUCUCAUAAACUCAUCCACUGAGGACAAAGACCUGGGAGAGUGGGAGUUACAGCUGCAGGUUAACAACAACCAUCCCAUCAUGCACAGAUUUGAUAAAUCUUUCAACCUCAGGGCUGGAGGAUUUGUCACUAUGUGGGCAGCAGGUUAUGGUUGCAAUUAUUAUAACACUGACCUGAAGUGGAAGGAUCUGAAGUCCUGGAGCUCUGGAGACAGUCUGAAGUUCUCCCUCUACAGUCACACUGGAGAGAUUCAAUAUGAACACUGUGUGACAUUUGCUGAAAUAUUUUAACUAACCUUUUCCUGCUCUCAUUGUGCUUAUCUUACCCUGCUUUUAUCAACAGUUGCAAAUACAUUUCUGCUCACUGUCUGCCUAGCAACACAUUGCAGGAGUUCAUUUUGAACUUGUCCCCGUUUUGUGAAGAAGAUGUGUGAAGUGACGGAGCAGAUUUAUCAGCAACAGGAAAAAGCCGUGAGAGAAAGUUACAACGUUAUAAAAUAUCUGAACAUUAUUCACAGGAACAGGAAGACUCAGAGAUCAACCAUUCAUUUUAUAUUAAAUCUUUACUUUUACUAUUCAGGUUUAUUUAACAGUUUAAAAUGUUUUGAGGUGAACAGACCUGCCUUUAUUUUGCUGCCACUGCUUUUAUAUUUUUCUAAAUCUACUCUUUAUCGUGCUAAAUAUCAUUAAGAAAUGUCAAAUAUUCCUCUCUUAUUAAUACAAAAUGUGAGCUAAUGCAAAUCAUCAAAUAACAAGUUUUUAGUUUCUCAAAAACCACAAGAAAUGUUUGUUUACCUGAUUUCAAAUGUAUAUUAGAUCUUGGCAGAGCUUUAUAAUUCUUUCUUUUGUAUUGUUGACGGUGUAUAUUGUCAAAAUAUAAUUCACUAUUCAAGUCUAUGUAGUUAAGAUGUAAAAAUGUGUUUUAUUUUUGUAUUUACAUGAUGCUGAUGUACAAUUUUGAUAUUUGUUUACGGUUUACUUCCAAAUAUGUUUUUAAUGUCCUGUGAGAGAUCAUGUUUAAUUUUAAGGUGAUAUGUUUUAAUUAUGAUGUUUUGCAAAACCAGAUAAGUUAGUUUUGUUGACUGAAAACACGUUGACAUGAUUUCUGUUCAAAUAAACACAGUUUUUUUCUUUAGUCUA